AGCUGCCAGGGUGCCGUGGUGCGGGCAGCACAGGCCCCAAGUGCCCACAAGGGUCGUGAUGCGGGCUCCUGGGCUCCUGGCCCAUCUGUCUGAGUGUGUACGUUGUUCCUGCUUCAGGUACUCGCGGCCCCCAAAGUCUUGCCUCCUCCGCAGAGUGGGACCGCUGGGCCCCUUCUUGGGAGUCAGGGCAGUGGGUGUCUGGUAACGUUGGGGUAUAGGGGUCUCACCCAGCAGCCUGCACAGACAGCCCCCCUACGUGCCAUGGGUUCCCGUCAGGGAGUGGCCUGCCCGGUCCCUCAGCAGGGCGGCCCCAGAGUCCCCGACAGGGGAGUGCCAGACGGGAGCGCGGGCAGCCUGGCCCCCCGCGCUGGACCGCAGCUUCCGGGUUCUGCGGCAGCUCUGUGCACCUGUCCUCCAUGGGCCCCUUGUCCCUGCACGGGGCAGGGGCCGAGCACUUGGCUGCUGGGGCUCCAUCACACGUGACGGGGUGACUUCAUCUCCCCAAACUUGCCUCCUCUGUGAUGCAAUUCCAGGGUCUCUGAUGCUGCCUCGGAGCGACCAAGGCUGUAUCCCCCUUCCUGGUCCGAGCACGGACAGCCAGCCCCUGCCUGGCACACCUGUUCCUUCCAGAAGGAAAAGGGCCCAGAGUCCCUAGUGUGCCGCUGGACACCCAGCCCCCAGCCCUCUGCCUCCCCGUCCCACAGACCCUGAGGGUCCCCACAGGCCAUGCAGCUGUGCCAAGGUGCCUCCAGCAUGGCGGCGGCCGAGGGACCCAGCUACCUCGUGUCCCCGCAGACGGAGAAGCACCGGCGCGCCCGCAACUGGACGGACGCCGAGAUGCGCGGCCUCAUGCUCGUCUGGGAGGAGUUCUUCGACGAGCUGAAGCAGACCAAGCGCAACGCCAAGGUGUACGAGAAGAUGGCCAGCAAGCUGCUGGAGAUGACGGGGGAGCGCCGGCUGGGCGAGGAGAUCAAGAUCAAGAUCACCAACAUGACCUUCCAGUACAGGAAAUUAAAAUGCAUGACAGAUAGCGAGUCCGUCCCGCCCGACUGGCCCUAUUACCUAGCCAUUGAUAGGAUUCUGGCCAAGGUCCCCGAGUCCUGUGAUGGCAAACUGCCCGACAGCCAGCAGCCGGGGCCCUCCACGUCCCAGACCGAGGCGUCCCCGUCGCCGUCUGCUAAGUCCGCCCCUCUGUACUUACCGUAUAACCAGUGCUCCUACGAAGGCCGCUCCCAGGACGACCGCUCCGACACCUCCUCCAGCUUACUGUCCCUUAAGUUCAGGUCGGACGCACGGCCCGGGAAGAAGCGCAAGGUGCAGAGCCACCACCUGCAGAGGAAGAAGCUGCGGCUGCUGGAGGCCAUGCUGGAGGAGCAGCGCAGGCUGGGCCGCGCCCUGGAGGACGCGUGCCAGGAGGUGCGCCGCGUGCUGGACCGCCAGAACCUGCUGCAGGUGCAGGGCCUGCAGCUGCAGGAGCGCAUGAUGAGCCUGCUGGAGAAGAUGGUCGCCAGGCCCAACGUCUAGGCCGCCGCGCCGGGCCCACCCCGCGCAAGAGCCGCCGGCCCGUCCACCCGUGCGGUCACUGUCCGCGGUCCUUGAACGGCUUUAGGUCUUAAACCUGUGGUUUCUCGUUCCUCCCGGAAGUCACUCCCCAGCUCAGAGGGAGCGCGCCAGGCCGGUCGGUUCCAAAGCCAGAAGCAGAUGGAAACGGGGUUAGUGGCGGGUCCGUGCCCGUGACAGAAACUCUCAGAGGGGGCCGGCUGUCCUCGCCCUCACCGGGGUCCGCUGCGUGCUUCCUGAGAUGAGCUGGCAGCGGAGCCGACCCCACAGAGCCGCUGCCUCCCACGGCCGCCCUCUCCCGGGGCGCUGGGCCUCCCCGCGGGGACGCCUCCGAGGCAACGCCGGCCAUCCACACCGCUCAACGCGCACCAGGCCCAGGGACGCCGUGCCGACGGGCCGGGCCGGGCCUCAGGCACUCGCACUCCAGCCAGAGAGGCAGACGAGUGACGAGGGAAAUGACCUGAUCGCAGACUGUGGUCAGCGCUGGACGGGAAGGGCCGGCCCCGAGCGUGGGGAAGGCCGAGAACGCACAGCCAGCAGAAGCAGCCAGAUUCCAGCAGCCCCAGACAGCACGGCCCGGCCUCGGAGGCUUGGGGAGCUGCUGGGUGCUGUGCUGGCUGUGGCACUCUGGGCCCGGGCCCGCGGCGUGGGGACAAGGUCCGGGCUGGUGACAGAGUGGCGGAGUGCAGAGCUGCUAGGUAGAGCUCACCUCCCUGCCUCUGCCCUUUCACCAGCAGGAAAACCUGUCCAGACGCUUCUCUGCCGAACUGCUCCUAGUCUUGUUGGCCGCUUGGGCGUCCGGUCCCUGGCUGCACAGGGUGCUCUGCACAGGACCAUCUGCGUCCCCCUGGGACCAGCAUGUCGCUGCCCUCCCAGCAGGGCUCUGAGGAGACGUGGCAGGGGCCAGAAGACCCCCUCCUGGCUGCUCCUGGGCAAAGGUCCUGCCGGGAGACCUUCACCGUCAUUUUGGUCACUUCCAGCCCCGCUGCGGGGAGGGGGAGGCUGGGUCUGCCGCGGAGCCCAGAGGGCAGGGCCACCUCGGGGACCACUCCCGCGCGGUGGGCUGGCACCCUACUGUUCUGGGGCUGAAGGCCGCGGCUCGUCUGGCGCACGUGAACAGGCGGCUCUGCUAAAGUGCAGACCUGGCCCGUACCCACGGUGUCUGUGUUCCCGCCAAGGCCAGCUGGGCCGCCGGCAUGACGGCCCCGGACCCCGUGGGGAAGACCCGCCCGGAGCAGGCCCCAGCGCCCCGCGGCAGAGGGGGACCUGGGGGGGCCUGCCCACGGGAGCGCAGCCGCCUCUGAGGCGAGAUCCCACGAGAACUCAGCUGUUCCGCCGACACGGAGGACGGAACCCCGUCGGAGCGGCCGUGCCAGAGGUGGCCCCAGAGUCGGGCGGGAGACCCC